AUGCCGGAGAGUAAACCAGUAGUUGGGUUAUCAUGGCAGCCACAAUUGCCUAUUCUAUCAUCAUUAAAAGCCACUGAUGGAUGUCAUACCAAACCUCAAACUGAGGCAUCAAGCAGCACUCUUUGGAAAUCCAGUUCAGAGCUGGUUGAUGGCCUUUUUGUCCCUCCAAACGAUCCCAGAAAAUUAAACAAGUUACUGAAAAAGCAAGCUAAAGACACUGCUGGGAAAAAUUGGUUCAAUAUGCCGGCCCAAACCAUCACCCCUGAGUUACAAAAAGAUUUGAAGUUAUUGAAGUUGAGGUCUGCCCUUGAUCCAAAGCGUCAUUACAAGAAAGGUGAUUCUAAAUCAAAGACACUUCCCAAAUAUUUCCAGGUUGGAACCGUUGUAGAUUCUCCAAUGGACUUCUUCUCAGGAAGAUUAACAAAGAAGGAGAGGAAAGCAACGCUUGCAGAGGAACUGCUUUCUGAUCAAAACCUUGCUGCCUAUAGGAAGCGGAAGGUUCAAGAAAUUGAAGAACAGAAUCGGCCUGCUGGGAAUGCAAAGUGGAAGAUUAAAGGUAGUAAUUCCCGGAAGCGAGCUAAGGAAAGGAGGAUUUACUGA